AUGGAGCUGCUCGGGAGGCUGCUGCUGUUGGUUGGUAUGGCUGCUCUACUUCCUGCACAAGUUUGGCCUCAGCCCUCCCUAAGCUAUGAGAAGGCCCUCUCUGCAGGCAUUUACUUCUACAACCAGGUACACGGGAGGGACAAUGCAUUCCGGAUAUGGCAAGUCCACUCUCCUCCAUCUGGUCAGCCUUCCCAAGAGCAAACCCAGAAGCUUCUGAGUUUUACCUUGAAGGAAACUGUGUGCCCAAUGAUUGAGGAGCUCCCCCUGGACCAGUGUGAUUUUAAAACAGAUGGGCUGAUGAAAGAAUGUCAAGGUUCGGUAUCCAAUGAGCAGGACAUUGUUGCCAUCAUCCUCACCUGUGACCCAGUGGACCCAGAGCCUCUUCGCUUCAAAAGAAAACGUUGCCUAUGGAGGAGGACAUGCAACCCUCAUCGCGACAGUGAGGAGAGUUGGGUGUCUGAUCUGGGGAAGACUGAGGGAACCUCUGCUGAUAAGGAAGUCCUGACCAAGCUGUGCUGCAGCGAUGCAGCCCUGCGUAAGAUGCCAGAUGCCUGCCUGCUGAGUGCAGAAACAGUGGGGUAG